AUGGCCCCGCAGUGUCCGGCACCCAGUGUGGGUGCCAUGAACGCUUUGGUAACUUUGCUAAUUGAAUCACUGCAUACUGCCUCUUGUGGCCUUACCCAUCCCGAGGAAUAUCCCCCUGAUUAUGGCCAGGAUGUUUUGCUGCAAAAAGAACCCUUGGAAUUUGAUUUUGUAAUUGUGGGCGGUGGUACAGCAGGCUCUGUGGUGGCCAGCCGGUUAAGUGAAAAUCCCAAAUGGAAUAUAUUGCUCCUGGAAGCCGGUGGAGAUCCAAUAACGGAAUCAGAGGUUCCCUUGUUAUUUGUGGCCUUAAGGGAUUUGAAAAAUAUUUACAAACUCUAUGCGGAACCGAGCAGAUUCGCUUGUAAAGCCUUUGAGGAUGAAAGAUGUUCCUGGAUCCAGGGCAAAGGUCUGGGUGGUUCAGGUUCCAUUAAUGGUUUGAUACAUAUAACCGGCUUUGCCCAUGAUUUUAACAAUUGGCGGCAGUUGGGCAGCACUGGAUGGGCUUAUAAGGACCUGCAGCCUUAUAUUGAGAAAAUUGAGAAAAAUCAAGGAAACUCCAGUCAUCCCCGGGGAUAUUUGGAUCUUGGCAAUUUCGAGGCGGGAGAUGAGGAUAUCAUUGAAAUAAUUUCUACAGCUGCAGAAGAAUUGGGUCAACCACGUAUCAGAGACUUGGGAGGCCUCCACAAUAUGGGUUACGCCAUUGUCCGGGGUACAGUAAGUCGGGGCCGCCGUAGCGGUACAGCCAAAGGUUAUUUGGGUAGAGUGGCAGCCUCACGCAGCAAUUUGAAAAUUAUUAAAAAUGCCCAGGUCACAAAAUUGCGAUUUGAUGGCAAGGGUCAAACUUUGGAUUCCCUGGACUUUGUGGUGGAACAAAAUAAGCGUCGGAAUGUUAAGGUCGUAAGGGAGGCGAUUCUAUCAGCUGGGGCAUUUAAUUCAGCAAAAUUAUUAAUGCUAUCAGGAAUUGGUCCCAAGGACAAUUUGCAGGCCCUCAAAAUUCCCAUUUUACAAAAUUUACCCGUGGGCCGGAAUUUGCAGGAUCAUUUGGUAACUUUCGUAUUCUAUAAAUUUCCCCAGGAAGUGGAUGGUAGUCAGGUGCAAAAUAUGAUUUAUCAAUAUCUAAUGCACAAUCGAGGGCCCCUAGCAACCAUAGGAGCCACCCGCUUAGUGGGCUUUGUCAAAUCCCAUUUGAAUCUAACCCAUCCUGAUCUUGAAAUGCAUCACAUGUUUUUCCGGGCAGGAAAUUUUUUUGCACUCAAUACCAUACUCUCGGGUUUGGGAAUGAAAUCGGAAUAUAAAAAUUUCGUUGUAAAUUUAGUAAAAUCCCAAGCCCUACUAAUGCUGGCCAUUUCAUUGGUCCAGCCCAAAGCCAAAGGCCGGAUGCGAUUAAAAUCGAAAGCCUUUAAAGAUCCUCCCAUUAUCAAAUCGAAGUUUCUAUCGCUUCCAGAGGAUCGUGAGGCCUUUGUAAGAGGUUUGGAAUAUUUUUCGAAUUUCGAGAAUACCAAAUCGUUUCGAACCCAACAAAUGGAAAUUGUGCGAAUCCCCAUGGAGGAAUGUGACCGGUUUGAAUUCAAAUCCCGUAAUUAUUGGCUAUGUUAUACGAAAUACUUCACCAAUUCUUGUUAUAAUGUUGCGGGAACGGUGCGAAUGGGUGCAGAAGAGGAUAUGGAAGCUGUUGUCAAUUCCCGUUUAAAGGUAAAGGGUGUAAGGAAUUUACGUGUGGCGGAUGCCUCCAUUAUGCCCAGCAUAACCAGUGCCAAUAUCAAUGGUCCCACCAUCAUAAUUGGGGAAAAGGCGGCGGAUAUGAUCAAGGAGGACUGGGCGGAGGAUUGA